GUUGCCAGAUUGGGACCGAUUUUCCGCCCAAUCUGGCAACCCUUGCUGAGGGGCGCUGCGAUUGGACAGUAGCAGCACGCAGCAUUUGUAACCCUCUGCGUUGUUCGAAGACGUCAAGUGAAAGAAUCAAGAAUGAACCGGCAAGGUUUUGGUGGCAACCCAUCGAUGCACAUUCAUCCGGGGACAACGAUUAGAUCUUCUGAUCUAACAGAAGAAGACGUUGACGAGCUGAAUGCUGAGUUAACAAGGGUGGAAGAUGAGAUCCAGACUUUGCGACAGGUUCUUCUGGCAAAAGAGAAAUAUGCAAUGGACAUCAGGAGACAGCUAGGCACGACGCCGCUUAACAACAUCAAGAACAACCUGGCCAAGGGAUGGCAAGACGUGCAGACCUCCACCCCAUAUAUGACAGCCGCUACAACUUUAGACGACAUCAGUAACUCCAACGCAUAUAAGAGGACCCAGGAGUCGCUCUCCUAUGCCGGCCAGGUGACCACUGCUGCUCUGUCUACUGUGGGAGUUUCCAUCACCAGGAGGCUUGCAGAUAUGAGAACUCUAGCCCUUCCCAGCUCAGCCCGACCCCUGGCCCACAGCCUCAGUGUUCCUGCCAUGAGACCCUCCUCGACUUUCAGGUCUUUUGAAGAAAUGGUUGGCAGUGUUAAGGAUAAGGUGGCAGGUGGUCGAGGAGACGGAGGAAACACGUCAGGGUUUGAGAAGCCCUCUUCCCGUCGCACCUCGAGGGACGGGCCCUUCUGAGAGCGGAGCAGAGGAUGGACUGUUUGUUUUGAGAUAAUCUCCUUGAUGCGUUGUCUGCAUCCCAGCUAACAAUCAGAGAUUCUAAAAGUGUUCAUUCAGAUUAUAAGUGAACAGUAUAUUAAUUAGUCAAUAAUAUAUAUGAAGGAGUUAGGGUGUGUGUUUGUGUGUGUGUG